AUGUCCCUAAACCUCGAAUUGACCCGAACACCUCCAACGGUGGUGCUACCUACCUCUCAAUGGUGGGAUGGCACUACUUUAAAGGACAUUUACACAGACGAAUUCCUUAGGGGCACGACGGUAACCACACCCGUCGUCCCCCUAAAUCCUUUACCCCGCUUCGUCUAUUAUGCUUUACUGCAAUUUAAACCCAACUAUUUCAAACCCAAUAACACCGAACUUCACUCCAUCAUUUCCUGCAUCACCUUCACCCCCCAUGUUACUUACCGUGUUCUUUCAGACCCUAUUCUCCAACCGCAUUCCUGUUUAUCCUUUUUCCACUUCCUCAAAACCCAUCAUUCCAACCAUUCACUCAAACCUGACCUCAAGGCCCAUUUGAUUCUCUUUUCUAGACUCUUUAAAGCUCGCAAAUUCGCCACCAUCAAGACUAUUCUGAAUUCCGUUGUUACUGAUUCCCAAUUUCGCUCCCCAGUUUCGGGGAUCGUUGAUUUGCUUGAUGAAUUUGAGUUUCAUUUUGUUGACAAGCUUUGUGAUAUGUUGUUUAGGGUUUGUUCUGAUAAUAGGUUGUUUCCAGAGGCGGUUAGGGUUUUUGAUUAUGUGGAGGAAAAGGGGUUCGUGAUAGAGGAGAGGUCUUAUUUUGUGCUUUUGCUUGCUUUGAAGAGAUGUGGUGAGAUUGAGUUGUGUCUUAGAUUCUUCCGCCGGAUGGUUGAGUCUAAUGGAAUUGAAAUUAGGGUUCAGUCUUUGACACUUGUGAUUGAUGGCUUGUGUAAGAGAGGAGAGGUUGAGAAAGCUAAGGAGUUGAUGGAUGAGAUGGUCACUAAAAGCAUUGUGAAACCGACUGUGUUUACUUACAAUACGUUGUUGAAUGCGUAUGUUGGAAGAAAGGAUGGAAGUGGAGUUGGUGAGAUACUGAGGUUGAUGGAGAAGGAGGCGGUUGUUUUUAGUGUGGCGACUUAUAGUAUUUUGAUUCAGUGGUAUUCUAGUUCUGGUGAUAUUGGGGAAGUGGAGAAGAUAUUCGAGGAAAUGCGUGAAAGAAAAAUAGAAAUUGAUGUUUAUGUUUAUUCGUCCAUGAUAAGUUGGAAUUGUAGGUUGGGAAAUAUGAAAAGGGCAUUUGCGUUGUUUGAUGGCUGA